AUAAUUUCCGGUUGUCAAAAAUGUCAAUCAAAUUUGGCAGGAACUUGGUUUUCGCACUGUAGUUUGCUUUUCCUGGAAGAUUUUGCCAUGGAUGAAGACCAAAAGCCAACAAUGUUAAGAGAUUUAGAGAUCGACUUUUUGAAGGAACAUCUCAAUGGCUUUUCUGUUGAAGGCAAUUAUUGUUUUGGAUAUUUCGAGGGAAACAGAGCAGAGAUGGAUGAUCUGUUAGUUUCAUUUCAGGCAUUGAACUCCACGUGUUAUGUACUUACAGAAAGCCAUUCAAAAGAGAAAAACCACAACAGAUUUUCUCAAACAGGUAUAUAAUCUCUCAGUGUUUUAAAGUGCACAGAUCCCGGUUUCCUAUCCUGACUCUCCUAAUUCAGGGAUAAUUUAAUUGAGAAGAAUCGCCGUCUUUCAGAGUUUAUGGUAAAUUUCUUCAAAGGCAGUCUUACGCGAUUUGCGAGAUGCUGCGUCUGAACUACCUAUUUAUAUUUCAUUUUAGUUUCUUUGUGUUUUUUGUUAUUGCUGUUGUUAUUUUUUUUUAUUCAUUUAUCUCUACCUAAAAGGUCUAUUUGGUUUAAAAACAGCGAACAGUGGCUUUGGUGCAAAAGUUUGGGUCAAAGGUCUGGCUCUUAUUGACACCUUUACACGUAAACCGGAAAUAAGGCAUGUUGCUUAACAACUCUAUCUGAUUUCAUUUGACAGCACCUCCCGUACUUGAAAACAACCGCGGAAAUGUCCUCAUACAGUUGUUUGGCCACCCCUUUUCAAUCUCUAGCAGUGAAACUCGACAUUGUAUACAUGGAUCUUCAAAGGUUGGUUACAAUUACAGUAAAUGGAUUAGUAAACAUUCGAAUUUUAAGUAAAAAAAGAGGUCAAUCGAGAAAUGAGAGUCAAGAGGUUGAAUUUAAGCUUAUUCAAAUGGACUGAUUAAUUUUCUUUUUACGAGGAUCAAAAUGUUACAGGAGUUUUAAGUUAUAUGUUUCAUAACCAAUUUACCCAAAGAAAUAUGAGGGGGAAGGGUGUUGCCAAUUUACCCAAAGAAAUAUGAGGGGGAAGGGUGUUGGCAAUAGUAGUGAAGUCAGUAAAAAUCACAGAUGAUAUCGCAGCUGGGAGAAGAAUGUAAUUUCAUUUUGCUCUCGUAGAACACACCUGUAUUAAAAUCUUCUGUACCAAUUAGGAUGCCCGAGGAAGUUAUACCUGCAAGAGUGACUACGCUAAUGUACACGACUAUGCAAGAAAAACUAGAAUACACUUGCAGAAUUCGCCGAGAAAAUUGGAUUGCCCGGCAGUCAUGCAGAUUCGAUGUAUUCGGGUGUACAACGAUUACUUCAUCGACAAAGCAAAGUUCCUAUCAGAUAAUAGCUUGGUGAUGGCUAAGAAGGCUAUUCUAAAAGAAAUCAAUGCCAAAUCGAAGAGUGACUUAGGGUUUAGUUUCCGUACUUCGACUCGGUUCCACGUAAAGAUCCCGUUAAGCUCUUCCCAUGUCAACCAGCCUGUUGGGGACUCGUCCACGAUAGGACAAUACGUCGAUAAACGUGUAGUUGACAAAAUCUACGACCUCGUAAAGCAAAAUACAACUAACCUUUCUGAGGUGCAAAGGUCUCUUCAUAAAUAUGUUCGGGAGGAUCUAUUUUCAGGCCAUCCCGAGGAACGAAGGCAAAAGAAAACAAAUAGGCGAUAUUACCCUUGUCGCCAGGACUUGCGAAACCACAUUGCCAAGGCGAUUUCAGCAGUGAAGUAUUGCGAUGACGACCAAGAAGCAUUGGGUAAAAAAAUAGAAGAUUGGCAAACUAAGUCUCCCAAAAGCAACUUCUUUUAUCGUACCAGAGACGCUGUCAUUAACGAAAAAGAUGAACCAAGACCUAGAACUCCUGAGGAAACCUUCCUCUUUGUACAUCAAGAGCCAUGGCAACAACGAAUGCUUGAAAGAUAUGGUAGUGAACUGGCCCUGAUGGACGCCACGUACAAAACGACAAGGUACGCAAUUCCACUUUUUUUCGUUUGUGUACAUACCAAC